UUUUCUGCGAACCUAAUUACAUUAAAGAUGGCGACCCUGGCAACAGACGCAGUGUUGAUUGAGAAUAAAAAAUAAAUGAUGAAAUGAGUUCACGACUAGACCUGCCCCAAAUGGGGGACCAGCCCUCUUCUCUUCCUGUCCUGAGAGAGGGUCAGAACAGCUUAGUGUCCCCCAGCAGAAGUUCCCAGUCCCUUACCCCAAGACAGCAGGCAGCAACAUGGGCCGUUGAUGUCAGAAAAAGGAUAAACCUGUGUAUGGAGGCAGGCCAGGAGUCCAAACAAGGGGACAUUGCUGAACUUAAACAGGAACUUGUAGGAGUCUUUAUCACAGCCCUCCAACAAAACAGCCGACCAGGAUGGGUGUACCUACAUGAGGUUUUGAGUUUGGUGGAGCCCUACAAGGCUUUUCUUAAUCAGCUAGACUUGAAGCUAGAGUUCAAUCACUACCUAGAGCGAAUCCUCCAAUCUGUUGAUCUUCAGAAGGAGAAGCUGUUUGAUUUGCAGUUAGGGGAAUCACUGGGAAAAGUCUUCCCUGAUGAAGUGCAGAGAUUACGUCAGUCGGGGGCUUUCCCAGCACGGAAUUAUUGUGUGACUCCAGCAAGACACUCCAUCAAAGCUGUCAGCCUCUGUCUCCCGCCCCCGAAAACGUCAAUCCAGUCACCCAGGAAAAACACACUACCGGAUGGAACAAAUCCAUAUAAAACACAUGUACCGCAUGAUGAUAGACAGAUGUCUUUGUAUAACCCGCUGACCUUGGGUGACCUUCAGAAAUCCAUCGCUAAUGUGGCAUCUGAGCUGGCAGCCAGUGAAUCCAUAUGGACCCAAAAAUCAGAUGGGGGUAGAGUGGCCUUGGCAUUAAACACGGAUCUUCCUCACGAGGUAAAACCUAAACCUCCACCCUCGCAACAAUCGACGCCCAGGUCCUCCAUCAGUUCACUACCACCAAAGAAAGAGAAAAAGACGCCGAGAAUACAGGAGGAACCUGUGUUAAAGCUGACCGGGAGGGAUGCCGUGGAAUACUUCGCCAAAUGUCACCAUAUCGGUAAAAUCCAAUCCAUCUACUUCAACCAUGCCGAGAGUCGCCACUUCAGACCCUACGAUCUUAUCUCUGUCCACAAAAAUAAAGCUAAUCCUGAACACUAUGUGUUUUCUACGUUUGGAGUCCUACAUGUGUUUCCGAACCGCCCGGCUGAGAGUCAGAGUUUGUCGGAAUGGCAACGCGAGGCUGUCCUGUGGAAAGCGGUGUCCUCCAUCCCAUUCUUCAAAAACUUUCUAGUCCGUAAAAUGUUCUACAGAUGGCGAUACAAUAAACUGCACCUUGACUUCUCCAGGAGACAUGAAGACCUUGGAGCCAACUUGCUACAGGGUGUCCCAAUAUUUGGGGCAGCCCUACUACAGGUUUCUAGACUUCUUAAAGAGUUGAUCACAGUGAAGUUUCUGCCAUUCGAAACCGAUAAAACAUACCAGCUGUUGGAUUUUGAAAAUAGUGCUAACUACAAAAACAUACAAGCAGAGAAGAUUUUGGAUAGAUUCUUCGGGUUCUGUAAGAUGGUGGUGGAGGUCACGGCAGAAGAAUCCUUUAAGAAACUCCGUCACUGUGAAGAACAAGUCAAGAAAAAAACAGUUUUUUCCAAAGACUCUUUGCACCUCCAAAAACUGAAGAAGGAAACUCGAGAGUAUAAUCUGAGGAAGGCCAAAAGUGAGACAGGUCGUCUUGGUAACUUUGUGAAGCUAGUGGAUCAGCUGAUUGUGGAACACAUGUUUGAUGUGUGUAAAACACAGGUCAUGACCUUUGUGGAGAGGGUGCUUAGCAACCAAGAGGAAUCAAGAGAGGGCCUAUUCAGAGCCAACCUGGUCUUCACAAAACAAGAGAUACUGGGUAUUUUCCCAUCAAAAGAGAGAUUUUCCAGUGUUCUAAUGAACACCCUAAAGGGAAUCCCCUCAGUGCUGUGCUCCAAGGCCAUUCCCAUGGACGGGUCAGUGAUGGAUCCGGACAGUGAAGAAUCGGAGACCUCACCGCCCAAAUCUGAGCUGGCCAAAUCAACAGCUGAACUCAGUUGUAAUAUUCCUGGACGUCGAAAAAGCACUGCGGCCACAAAUCUCAGUUCUAUAAAACUAGAUCAGAUGACCUCUCAGGCUCCAGGGGAGGGUGAAAAACCAUCAAGCUCAGGGGAGACAACUGAGGUGGAUCAGGGAGAGGAGGAGUCACAGGUUGGGGGCGUGACUCGCUCUGUGGUGGGUGAGGAGAUGAUACCCGUGCCAGACAUAUAUCGUCAGGCAACAGCCACUAAGGAUGAGGAUGAGCUGGGGGUCGCAACCCCUGACCUGAUAAUUCAGGGUGGGGAUCCAUUAGUGGUGUAUGGAGAGGGCUUCAUGGGACAGUACAGUCCACUGACCAGAGCAAAUCUGGAGGAAAAACUGGACAAGGACAUAGAGUACAAGAGUGCCCUGAAGCGAGAAGAGGACAUUUUGAAUGCUGCCCUGGACGAGAUCGAUAACUAUUGCACCCUGAAUAACUGGCUUGUGGACAUUUAUAAAUUCUGUGUGAAAUGGACAAGUGACUCGCCAAAAGAAUACCGAGGGGCCCCAGCAUUUACAAUUGAGCAAAGACUGAUAGAGGUGCGACAAUGGCAGGAGAAGGUCCGUAAUUUUGACAAGAGCUUCAUAACGGACAAUGGAAUAUUCUAUGUGGACUGCUCCAAUGUACAUGACAGUCUUAUUCCACGCCUUUCUCAAAUUGUCCAUGAUGUUCUCCAGUUUGUCUCCGACGAAGCGCGAAAAUUGGCCACAGAAUUCUGUGACGAAAUGAAAGAAGUUCUCCAGAACUUAAGACAAAAGGACUCCUCCAUGGCAGGAUUUGCAGUGUUUGCUAAAAAUUACACGACCUACAAAAAGAACGGCCCUCAGUACCAGCAGAGGGUGUCCUAUAUCAAGUCCCUGUAUGAGACGUCAGAAGAGGAGAAGUUUGACGAGGAUGUACAAGCAGCCUGGGAGGCGUAUCUCCUACAAUUACAGGACGCAUCGGAGUUUGUCAACACACAGACACCACUCAUGACUCAAAAACUGGAAGAUAAGUACCAGCGAUUGGCAAAAGCCAAAACCCUCAAGCAGAAAAUAGACGCACUUAAAAACCCCAGCCUCUAUAUGAGACUGGAAAAGGAGGCCUUAGAGCUAGCAGAUAUGGCCACCACCAAACAAUUCCUGGACCCCACACAGAACCCGACCAAAAUACUCAUCGAGAUGCGCAGGAUUAGGGACCGAUUUUAUGAGGUGGAGCAUGGCCUUCAAGAUGCCAGCAAGUGGCGAGAUGCGAUCUGUGGAGAGCCAUACGAUCUUGAUUUUCUGAGCGAGAUCAGCACCAAAAUGGAUGUCAGGCAGGAACUAUGGAAAUAUGUAGAAGUUUCGAUGCAUGCCAUCAAGGACUGUAAAAUCAUGCUGUUUAAGAAAAUGAACAUCCGUAAGGUUUUGGAAAAAGUAACAGAAUGGCAGGCUGCAGCUGGUCAAUUAAAGCCCUACCUUCCCCUGGGGGACCAGGUGCUCAGCUACUGGUUUACAUGUCUGGGGGAGUUCAAGAAGGACCUCCCCAUACUGCACAAACUGGCUAACGAUGCUCUCAAGGAGCGCCACUGGAAAGCCAUAUUUGUUGGAAUGAAUGAACCCUUCGACCCUAAUCGUGAGUUCACAGUAUCUGACCUUUUGGCCUAUGACCUUGAGCAGCACAAUGAGUUGAUCCAUCAGGUCUAUCUAGGAGCAAUUGCAGAAUAUGAUCUGGAGCUUCGCAUUAAUCAGAUCAGCAAAUUCUGGGAGGAGCAAGAAUUCAAACUAGCCAAACACAUUCCUGACAGCGUCAUCACCAGCAAAGAACAAGUGGAGAAGCACAUGCUUCAGGAAGCCGAGAAUGAGCCCCCGAGAAAACCCAGCAGUCCUCGUCGUCGUACCAAACUUGAAAAGUAUCGACAGGAAAGGGCUGCCGCCCAGACUGGGGCCCCCCAGGGGCUAGAUGUCACCCAAGACGACUUCUUCAUCCUUAUUGAAGUAGAUGAACUCAAAUACCAGCUAGAGGAUGCUCGUAUUAGUAUCCGUUCAAUGCUACAAUCACCGUACCUAGGAGACAUGAGACAGGAAGUUGAAUUCUGGGAUAGUGCUCUUCAACAGGUUGAGGAAAUAACAGAGCUAUGGUUUCAGUGCCAGAAAAAGUGGUUGUACUUAUUGAAAAUCUUUGAGAGACCAGAAAUGUACAAGAAAUUUAAUGGACAAGCCUUUAAAUUUGAAAAUUUACAUACUAAAUUCAAGGAUUGGAUGAGAGUUGUGUCUAAUAAUUCCAAGGUGAUGACUGUAGUAGGCAGAAAAAGGGGAGAAAAGGGAUUCCGUCUUCUACAGGGGGAUUACCUCAUCAACAUGUUCCUGGAACUUAACCAAAAACAGGAAGAGAUCUUAAAAUUCCUGCGAGUACUUUUGGAGAAUUCACGGAUGGAAUUCCCUCGUCUGUAUUUCUUAAGUGACGAGGACCUAGUUGAACUUUUAGGAAUUUCCCGUAAUCCGAAAGCCCUGCUACCGUUUGCAAAGAUGUGUUUCCCCGGAAUCGAAACCUUAAAUUUCACCCUCCCUGAUGGGAUUUCUAGUAUGAAUACUGCCCUUGACUUUGCUUUGAAUGCUGACAAGCUUCAGGUCACGGCCUUGAAAGGAAUUAUGGGAGAGGAAAUAGAACUUGUGGUCCGCGUACAGGCCUUCCCAAAGGCUUCCAAAUGGCUGAAGACCUUAGAAAACGUGAUGAAGAAUACAACAGCCAUGAUAUUGCAGGCUUGUGUUCAGACCCGCAUGGAAGAAGGAUCUCGCCAGCCUAUUCACAUAUUAGAGGAACUCUCAAAACUUGACCAGGAUAGCCCCCGCCAACAGGAUCUGACCAGAGAAAUUCACCAUACCUUCCGGCACUGGUUGCUACGGUUCCCAGUUCAGUAUGUGAUUGUUACUGAGGGAAUUUUGUGGGAGCGCAGCAUCAACAAGGCCCUGGAAAGGGGUACACUGGACGACAUCAAGGCUAUCAGGUCCAAUCUUCAGUCCAAACUGGACCAGUAUACAGACAUACUGAGAGAGAGUCACAACUUCAACGGUAAAGUUCCACCAAGUACGAAACACCGCCUCCACACACUGCUGUGUGGAUUAAUCAAUCAAUGCUGUCACCAUAGAGACGUGCUGGGGGCUAUGUUGGAGGCGUCUGUUGUGUCAGACGGGGGCUUUGAAUGGCUCCGUGUUUUGCGGUAUCACAUGGACAUACAGAAUGUUUUAAGGGCAAAGACAGAAGCUGUAGAGGUCAAGGGUCAGUCACCAGCAGUGCCAUCUGUCAGGUCAAGAGCACAACAGAAACGAUUGUCCCUGGUCACCAAGAUCCGCAUGGAACCCACUCUAGAAGAACCUCCAAGAUUGACGAGAACUAAAACAACUGUGUCCACUGACUACCAGUUUAGUGCGUGUUACCUCACACAACUGGGGACCAGUUUUAAUUAUGACUAUGAGUAUCAUGGCCCCUCUAUGCGCCUUGUCCUCACCCCCCUUACAGAGAGAGCGUUCCUGUCUCUUACCCAGGCCAUCAAAAACUUCCACUGUGGGACCUUAGUGGGACCCUCGGGGGUCGGGAAGUCUGAGACAGUGAAGGAACUGGCAAAGAUGUUUGGAAGGAACCUGUUUCUGGUGAAUUGCAAUGAGGACAUAACAGUGGGGGUGAUGAUGCAGUACAUGAUGGGGAUGGCCCAGUCUGGCAGCUGGACACUGUUCGAUGACACUGACCGAUUGACCAAAGGUUUGAUGUCUGUCACCGCCCAGCAUUUAGACUACCUGAAAACCGCUCUCAAGACGUUGGAAGUCUCCAGUGAAAACCAGUAUAAGAUCAGAGGCCAGCCUCGGUUUGAUAAGAAGAUGGGCUUGGGAGACAAGGUCAUCCGUCGUAACUCCCUGACCACCUUACAUCCGAUGCCCACCCAGGAAGCCCAGCCCGGGCUGGAGAGGCAGAAGACAGUCCCUCAUGGCUUUAAUGAGAAGGGCCUCGUGACCUACUUUGAGGACACCUGGGUCUCAGAGAAAGACCGCCGGCGGCGACACUCCAUCGAGAAGGAGAUUGAAAUCAAGGAGUCAGAGUUCUACAAAAACAACAAACCCCCGCCUCUUUUCUAUGAGCAUGUAAAACUGAGAGGUGGAAGAAAAUCAGCAACUCCUGAUUACAGCAAGCUACUGAAUGACACGAUCUAUGUGCACAGAAUUCUGGGUAAUAUUAUGUUUAACGGAAAACUCAUCCAGGCCAGUACCAACUUUGGCUGCUUCAUGACUCUCAGUAACGGCAGUGCUGUUGGUUCACAGAUACCAGAGUCAUUCAAGUUGUUGAUGAGACCAUGUGCCAUGAUUGUCCCCGACUUUAAAUUCAUUGUGGAGAUGUUUUUCUGUUUCCAUGGAUACCAAGAGAUUAAACUGUGGACCAGAAAGCUGACCUUCCUUUUUGAGCAGUUAAGGCUACAGCUUCCUAGGAGAGCGCUGUACCAGUUUGGCUUAAAGGACAUCAAGCUAGUUCUGGAUGUCGCUGCCACCAAGGUCAGAGACCAAAGAUUUGCCCUCGACAUCACAGCUGAAGAUCAUAAUGUUGAAGAAAGGAAGCAGUCGCCCACGUCCCCAGUAGAGGCCCCUCCGGUGGACCCUCGGCAGUGGGAGGAGUACACGCUCGUGUACGCCCUGAGGAUGGUGGUGAGAGUGAGCAUGGAGAAUACUGAAGACUACUGCGUGUUUGAUAACAUUCUGAGGGACGUGUUCCCCAGCACGGCCAGGAAAACUCUACAACACGACUACGACAAUCAACUGAUGGAGGCCAUUCAUGAUCAGCUGAAGGAGGACCACCUGAAAGACACACCAGGGAUUGUUCAGAAGGUUAUGCAGCUGAAUUCUGCUCUGCAGCUAAAGAAGGCAGUGGUUCUGAUUGGUCCAGCAGGCAGUGGAAAAACAACCUGCAGUCAGACGCUAGCCAGAGCAACCAAUCGUCUCAACUUCCUGUUGUUUGCGCCAGAUCAUUCAAAGGAUGAGCUUACCACAAACCGAGAUCUCAUUUACUAUGCUAAAAACAAACUGAAGGACGUGGAAAAUGAACCAGAAUUGGCAGAUGAUGUAUUUUUGGCUGCGAUUGACCCGUCCGCAAAGACUGAAAUGUCUCAGGCUGGCAAGAAGAUGAAACGCAUUACCACGAUAUUAGGGAAGGUUACGGAAGCCAUUAAUGAGAUGCAACACCCCCCUAAACCACAAGAGUACGCAGAACACCCCAAAAUCAACGUCGUGACACUCAAUCCAACAGCCCUCUCUCCACAAGAGUUUCUCGGUUCUUAUGACAAUGGAAUGUGGAAAGGCGGUUUGUUUCCGAAGAUUCUGCAGGACUCGGGCUUUCUGUGCGAGGCAGUCCGUAACUACAUUGCUGGACAGAAGGACCGCAAGGCCCGCGGGGGACAGGAGCUACCCUCCAUCUUGCUGAGGUGGAUCGUGCUGGAUGGGGUGAUGCAUCCGGUGUGGACGGAAAGUCUGAACACGCUGUUCGAUGAAGAAUUAAAACUUUCCCUGGCCAACAGUCAGCAUAUCAGUCUCAGUGACACUACUGCAAUGAUGUUUGAGACUAGUUACAUCGGUAACAUUUCUCCGGCGACGAUCUCAAGGUGCACUAUUCUGAACUUUGCUCCGGACACCGUACCCUGGAUGAACCUUUACGACUGCUGGGCAAAGGAUGCCAAAACUCGCUGGAUGAUUAACACCUCUGUUAUGAAGAUCUUCGACGAGCUGGUGGCCGACGUCUUCCAACCAACUCUGAAGUUUCUCAAGUCAGACUGCUGCCCAGCCCUACUGACAGACGUGGGUCAUGACACAGCGGCCUCUAAUGAGGUCGCCCCAGGGAUCCAAGAAGUGGGCACAUUCCUGAAAAUAUUGACAGUGUUGCUUGAUCGCCUGUAUCUGAGGGAGGAGUUUGAGAGGCGACAGAAAACAUUAGACCUCGGGGAUCCCGGUAUCGACUCCCCUCGUAAGACGCCCAGCAGCAGUCUCUCGCGGCAGAGUGUCAGCAGAAUGACCAGCAGUUCGCAGCUCGAACUCGUCUUUCCCAAUUACAUGGAAAACAUGAAGGGCAUGUUCGCUUACGCAUUUGUCUGGAGCUUUGGGGGACAUCUACAUGAGAGGUACAAAGAGAAAUUUAGCAAGUUUGCUAAUGACGUCCUGUAUCGAGCUCGCCACGCCAUAAAGGUUCCCAUCGGAGCGUCGGUGUUUGAUUACGUCCUGGAUGAGAGUACAGGAACCUUUAUUAGGUGGUCUGACAAAUCCCAGGAGCGGAUGAAGAUUCUGGCAGGAGGAUUCACUAUUACUCCAGAGGUGGAAAAGUACACACACAUGGUAGAGUUGAUGUUGUCGGCCCACCAACCGGUCUUGCUCUCGGGAAUGCCGGGGGUCGGGAAAACCUCGCUGCUGCAGACCAUGGUGCUGCCAAAACAAACCCACACACGAGUGGUUAUGUCUCAAGCAAUGAGCAGUCAACUCUUCCUCAACUCCAUACUGGGGCAGAUCAUGGAGCUCAAACACCGGGCCACCAACACCCUCACGGGCCCCGGGCAAAUUCCUCAGGCCCCGAAAGGCAAACAGUCACACUUGUUUUUUAUUGAUGACCUCAACAUGGCAGCCAGCAAUCCCGAGGGAGGAUACCAACCCCCUCUUGAGCUGUUGAGACAAAUCCUAACACAGAAAGGAACGUAUGACAGGGGGCGACUGGAAUUCCAGUGCAUGGACGAGGCCAUGUUUCUGGCCUCCACCACACUGCCCAGUGUGCCAGGAGCAGGAUUGGGUACAGCGUGUCAUGUGAUGUCUUCGCGUCUGACUCGUCUUUUUAUCAACUUCACCCUGUUCACCCCGACGACGGAAGUCUUGAUGUCCAUGCAUGGGCGAAACAUCCAACACUGGCUGGAGGAGUUUCCCACGUACUCCAUUGACCACCACUUUGAACUCUCCAGGGCAAUGACGCUGGGAUUAUUAGAAAUUUAUCAUAAGAUUAAGGAGAAACUCAGACCCACCCCAACACAAGCCCACUACGUAUUCAACCUUCACGAUGUGGCUAGGGUCAUACAUGGGAUUCUUUUAAUGUCACCAAGGUCAAGGACAAGAAAAAUGAUGAGAAGAAAAAAAGGGGAUAGUGACUCGAGAGGCAGCAGAAACAGCAUUCAUAUGUCUCGCCAGGCCUCAUGGGAUUCCAAAUCUCGGACUGUAAGCGUGUCUAGCAUGGGACCAACGGCUGAAGUAGGACAGUCUGCCCCGAUGAUGAAGGUCAUAGGUCAGCUGUGGUGCCAUGAGGUCACAAGAACAUUUGCAGACCGAUUGAUUUCUGAAGACGAUGUGGCCUGGUAUGGUCGUAUUCUGGAGGAGGUGGUGACUAAAUAUUUCUGUAUGCCCAGAGAUGAUCCCAAAACAGAAAUGGCAGCUAUCUCAGAGGAAACCUACUCUCAAACUGGUCGGAUGACCCCCACAACAUUGUCCCCUCAUCCUCCGACACCUGACGAAUCGGAUGAAGAUCCAGCGAAGGAGGAAGACGUCAAAGAGACAGAGAUGGAUGUUACGGAUUCUACUGAUGCCAAGUCUGAGAGCGAGGAGACGGGGCAGAAAUCAGUCAGCACGGAGACUCCGCAGGGCUUCAAGUCCGUCAGCGUAGAGACUCCACAAGGGCAGAAAUCGCAGUAUGGGGAAACGCCCCUCCCGUUCAGAGAGUCAGCUGAUACAGGAAAAGUGACUGUAGGCUCUGAGGUAACUCGUCAGACUGAGACGGAGGGAAUCUCGAGUGAGUACGAGAGCGAGGUUUCUGAGGAAUCAUCUGACGAGAGUGAAGUAGAAACCACCACCACAGAGACUGAAUACGAAACUCCAAUAGAGUUGUCGAGUGGCCAGAAUAGAACGGGGCCACAUCCACAAGCCAGUGAAUCCUCUGGUCUAACGGUAGCCUCAGUAAAAGUGUCCAGUGGCAAAAGUAAAGCCUCCAGUUCUAAAAGUGACACUACCAGUGAAUUGGACACCUCGACUUUAACACCAGCUCGACUGGCACAGCACCAGGAAUCCCUACGGUCUGACAGUGAAGCUAGUGCCCUUGGGAAGUCUUCCUCCACGCCUAACCUGAAGAACCGCGGUAGUCACGGCAAUCUGAAGAUGAAGACGGUGACAUUUAAGGCCGGCCUCCUGGCUGAUUGGGAACACGAGGCAUACUUUGGACCCCUGAUGAAUCUGGAUGAAAUCAAGGGCUCCAACGAUUCCUUGAUGGACAUCAUAUUCUCAAAAUUCUUCAUGACAACAUACACCGAGACACAAGGACUGCCAGUGGAGAAAGGCUAUGUGGAGGGGACAGAGGACAAUCUGAGUGAAGCGCUGUCUACCUGUCUGUCAGUGUAUAAUGAGGGAACCUCCCAGAAGAUGGACCUGGUCUUCUUCUCGGACGCUGUCCGACAUGCAGCCAGACUCAGUCGAGUUUUGGCAAUACAAGGAGGGCAUGCCAUUUUGUUAGGGAUGAGUUACUCGACCGGGCGAGCUACCCUGGCCCGUCUAGCAGCCUACAUAGCUCACUGUAAGUUAUUUGAACCCAAGCCUCAAACUGACCCCAGCAAAAACCUUCAGAUUCUUCGGGAGCACAUUAAGCGGGCGUGUUAUCACACAGGAAUUCUGGGAAAACCUACCGUGUUACUGGUUCACGAGGAUUUAGGCGAGGAGUGUCUGCAGGACGUCACCUGUCUGAUGAACGAAGGCACAAGUCCCGGACUGUACACAGACGAGGAGAUCCAGAACAUCGUGUCGGCCGUAAUGCCUGGAGGCGUGACAACAAAACGUGUGGACAAAAUUGAAAUUGCUCUAGAACGUUUCCUGAAGAAGAUUCGUCAGAAUAUACACGUGAUUGUGUGUAUGAACUACAGAGGUAACAGUUACUGCAGCGACUCCCAAGUAUUCCAUAACCGACUGAUGAGGUACCCAGGACUGCUGAAGAAUGCCAGCGCUAUAGAUACUUACAGACCAUGGAACUACCAGGCCUACGUCAGGAUUGCCAACGUGUGGCUCAGGGAUCAGAAAACCGGGAUAACCAUUCCUUGGCACCCCACGCGUAUGUUAGACCAGAUCCUACAGACCAGUCGUGCGAUGGCCUACAUCCACAUGUCUGCUAAGUCCGUGAUAGAGAGGCAGUACUGUAACCAGAGAGAACCCCUCAGAUUCUUCUCACCGCUGACCUUCAUGGAGUUUGUCCAUGUCUUCCGAGUCCUCACUGCUUUUAUUGUGAAGAGGGAAUAUGAAAACAUCAGUAAACACGAACAGACACUAGGGAAGGUGAAUGAAGCGUUCGGGAGUAUCUCGGAGUUAAAGAGAGAGGUGUCGGAAUUGAUGCCUAAACACAAGGCCGCCAUGGCAGAAAUCAAAGAACUUGUGCAGCAAGUGGAGGAACAAAAACAGCAGUAUAUACAGGCUUUAGAGAGAUGUAAGUCGCAGGAACAGAAGAUAGAACACCUACAGGGCCCCCUAGAAGAACUCCGCAGGGAGGCGCAGACCGAGUUUGACAAGCCUAUAACACAAAAGAAAUCCAUUGUUAAGAGACGGCGCGGAGAGAUCGAGUACUACACUCUCACUCAGUACAAGGUGAAUCCUAACUACCAUGCCGCGAUGACUGCCUUGAAGUACCUCUGUAAAGGUGAUAUAGAGGAAGUGAAGUCGUACAGGUUACCGCCCGAAUUGGUGGAGUUUGUCUUGAACUCCCUCUGUCUGCUGUUUGACGUACCUCAGGACUGGGAGAAUGCCAAGCUUCUGAUGAUAAAGGACAACUUCCUGGAGUCCAUGAUGUUCUAUGACAAGGACAAUAUUCCUGAUGACAUUUACUUGAAACUCCGUCAGUUUAUCAACCAUCCAGAUUUCCAAGUGGAUCGCGUUGCCAUGGUGAGUAAAGCUGCCGCAGGAAUCUGUAUGUGGGUCCAUGCUGUUUACGAAUAUGCUCAUAUCCACCGCAACAUGCAGCCUCGACUUCGAAAUCUACUGGAACACGAGGACAAAUUUACCCUGGCUCAGGCUAAACUAGGUCAACUUCGUGUGGAGGCAAAUCGCAUCAAGUCUGCCCUGGAGAGCAAAAUCACUGUGCACAGGGCUGCCGUGAAGAGGGCCAAAACUAUAGAAAAACACAUGCAGAGUAUCGAGAAGAAGAUUGCACGUUCUGUAAAUCUGAUGGAACACAUGUCCAUGCAGCAUUAUCUGUGGAAGUCAGAACUCCGUAAAGCCAAACACAAUGUGCUAACAGCUCCAGGAGACGCCCUCAUCACCGCGGCCUGUGUACUCUACCAUGGACCCCUAUCUGACCGAAACAGGUCAGAGCUGUUGCAUGAUUGGCUGGAUAGGUGUCGUCAAGGGAACUUUAACUACAACCGGCUGACAGAAUUUGACGUCAAUCCACUCAGCACAAACUUGGAAAGUCUGUACGAAGGGAUAAGGGAGAAGGACUCGACCAGCACAGCGUCCAGUGUACGUUCCACUGAGACCGCCACGUCUGGACUUCCCAGCAUGCCCGAAAUCCGAACUUUCAUGUAUCUUCCUAGUAUUUAUGAUACAAGCAAGUAUUACAAGUCGGAGCUAAAGAAGCAGGGCAGUAUGGAAUACGAGACCAUCCCGGAGGCUGACGAUUCUGAUGACGACGAUGAGGCCAGUCCUCUGAUUACUCGUAAUGGCUACCUGCUACAGGAGAUACUCAGCGACUUUGAUGAAUUGUCCGGCUGGCGUCUGACCAGUCUCCCCACCGACCUCCACUCAGUACAGAAUGCCCUGCUAAUGCGAGUCAGUUGUCAUAAUCGUAAACACUGCUGGCCACUUUUAAUCGACCCUGACAACCAAGCAGAAAUCUGGGUCACUGCACUACAGACCAGUAGAAAUGUUUUUUCGGAACGCGAUGUUAGAGACCACGCCCCUGAAUAUGAUGACAUGCCAUUAGAGGUUAGUCCAUCAAAGGACACUGCAUUAGAGCCACCUCCCAGCCGAGGCACGGCGCUGACCUAUUCCUCCGAGUUCACGUUGAAUGACGACUACAGGACGGACACUACUGGAUUUGUAACCGCAACAUCAACUUAUACCACAGCCACCAAAAGUGUAACUGGACGACAGUCGCACAACACCUUUAACAGUGAGGAGCUUCGACCUUUAACCUCUGUGACUGCCAGCUGGGAGACUCUUAGUCAUCUUCUCGUGGAGCAGGCCAUAGAACGCCCAGAAAAUAAUCUGUGGAUCAUGGAAGCUGAUGAUCCUAAUCUAGAUAGCCGGAUUAUCACUGCUGUUGUACAUGGGGUGACUGUGUUGGUGACACACCUAGAACGGAAGCCACUGGACCCAGUGUACAGAGGCCUGCUGUUGAAGCAGUUCUUUGUGGACAAGGAAGGACACAGAGUGGUCAAAGUGGGUCAACGGGAAUUCAGAUACCACCCGGAAUUUGCUCUGUAUCUCAGUACAUCAGUGCCUUUGUUUCUCAAAGGAGAUGGCAUACACAGUAUACCCCUACACAGAAUGUGCAUCAUUAACAUGAGCCUGAGUGACGAGGCCAUCAUUAACCACCUCCUGAUCGAGACAAUGAAAGUGGAAAGGAAAGAGUUCGAGGGACAAAAACGCUCCAACGAGAACGACAUCAUCCUUCACAGACAGCGUCUGGCCAAGGAGCAUGACAUGAUUCGUGAGAAGACCUUAAACUUAGAGGGCCCACUUCUGGAAGAUCAAACAAUGCUGAAAUCCCUCCUGGAGUGCCAGGCCGAGGUGGAAAAGAACCGCCAGAUCCUGGAGGAGACCCGCUUCAUGGGGGACCACCUGGAAGAGAAAUUCGCCCACUACAUGCCAAUGAUAAUGCAGUCCGCUGUUCUGUAUAACAUGAUCCGGCGAAUGUGCUCCCUCAAUUCUAAUUACUAUCUACCAUUCCACAAGUUUAUCCAGAUGUACACCGGAAUCAUUAGAACCAGGAACCGAGGAAAAGGCAGUAGUGUAGGUGCCCCCCAGGCCAGAGCCCAGGAGUUAAUGGAUGCCACGUCUAAUGCCAUCUUUAAAUACAUCUCCAUGAUGAUGUUUGAACAGCACUUCACAUUGCUGCAGCUCCUGGUGUCCAUGGAGAGAAUGAGAAUGAGUCGAAAAGCUUCCACCAAGGAGCUCAGUCUCUUCAUCAAUGGCUUCGAUAAACAGGGACUGGACGAACUAACCUUACUGGAAUGUAAACCAGCUGGGAUGACCAAUCAGGCAUGGAUUGACUGUCUAGUGGUAGAACAGCUGCACCACCCAUUUAAUGGUCUGCGACGGUCGCUGAUCCAGAACUGGCGGCAGUGGGAGGAAUACUUCAGCCACCCCAUCACUCUCGUGAACCCAGUCCCCGGGAGCACUCUUCAGGAACUCUCAAUCUUCCAGAAGUGUAUACUGUGGAAAAUCUGCAGGCCUGAUAGAUUGUACGAGCUAGCCAGCAUGAUGACGUUGUACGAGCUAGGAAACGUACGCCUGGUGGCUGACCACUACAACAUACGAGAGGUGUACAACUUUACAGAGAAGACCACACCAGUCGUGUUUAUCUCCCCGAACCAAGUCACCGAUAUCGAGUCUUGUGACGGCACAAACGGUUACCCAUACAUUAGUCCGUCUCAUGAAGUCAAAAGAUUAGCAAAAGAGGUGGGAAUGGAAGGAAGGGUCAAGGUAAUGAACUUUGGUGUCAAAGGUCAGAUAGGAGAGGUGACCCAGGCUAUUGAGGACUGUAUACAGAAUGGUUACUGGCUAUUGCUUCAGAACUAUCAUUUGUCAGAGGAACCUCACCCACAAUUCUUCACACUGCUGAAAGAUAUUGUGUACAGUAAGUGGAUCGAACAUGAACGUCUACGACAGCACACGGAGGUCGCUGACGAGGGAGCCAGUCUAGUCACUCAUUCCAAACCUCCCGAUGACCCGAUGCUUCAUCUCCGAAUUCACAACACAUUCCGACUCUGGAUAACGACCCAAGCCAACUCCAAAAGACUCAUACCAGGUGUUUUGGUACAACAUGGGAUAAAAGUUACGUGUGAGAAGACAGGAAACUUUAAGUCCACCCUUCAGAAAUCGUAUCGCUCAGUGGCCUUCCUCCUAAACAAUUGUAAACUACCCAAUGAUGAGGUUGUCAGUAAAGCAUCACGAAUCAUGCCCCUGGCCUUGCUUCACUCUCUUCUGCAGCAGCAGAGUUUUUAUGGCAGGAACGCGUUUGUGCAGGACAAUGACUGGACUCUGACUGACCUGGCUCUAGCCGUAGAUGCCUUCAAGAAGGUGAUGACAAAAUGCCCCUGUGGCCCAGGGGUGUCCAACCUGGUGUCUCAAGUGUAUUCUAACCACUGCACCGACCUUACCGAUGCUCGAGUGGUAGAAGCUCACGCCAAGCUGCUGUCACAGUACGCUGCUGAUCCCGCUAAUCAUAAAUUACCAGCCACAGACUCCCCCGUCAUCACUCUGCUGUCAGAGCUUCUGAAGUCUGCGGAUGAAAAUUUUAAUCUGAAGAAAGCUGUAGAAGCCAUGGGAGAAGUGUCUGCUAAAACAUAUGGAUUGUCUGAUGCAGCCGACGCCAACAUCAUAGCACGUUACAGCAGGGCCAUGUCCAAAGAUAUAGUGCAAGUCAUCGGUGCUCCGGAACUUUUGAUGAAAGUAACCACGACAACAGCUGGUCUGACCUUGACUGCAGACUCUGUCUUCCCCGCUGUGUCUGCUGCUGUGCAGAAGUUAACAAAACUUCCAGACACUCACAAGAACCACGUCAGCCCAGUGGAUACCUUUAUCCACUCGGAGGUGGAAGGUUACAAGACGUUGGUGGAGAAGGUCCAGUCUGACCUUGCUGUGGUACAGAGGAGCAGUAAAGGUGAAGCUGUGACCGCGCAGACCUUACGGGGCGUCACACAGGGACUGAACGCGGACCAGGUCCCGGAGGCCUGGCUCUCCUCCACCUUCCCAUCAUGCAUUUCUUUGACACAGUGGAUAAAAGAAAUUCCUAAUCGCCUUCAGACUAUCUCUGUCUACGUUUCGGAGCGACCUGGUGUAUACAACGUGGCCAGUUUUCUCCGUCCUGAUCGCUUCUUUGAGGCAGUGAAACACCAGUAUGCACGGAAACAUUUCAAGGAUGUCAAUUCUAUUCAGCUGGAAAUCCAGGUGAUGCCAGCAGGGUUAUUUCCAUCCACUCCACCCAAGGAUGGUGUAUUUAUUUCCGGUUUGAGGCUAUACAACGCCCUUUGGGACACCAUCCGUGGCAUGUUAAUGUCCGGUGCAUCGGAUAAACAAAGUCGCCAGGACAUGCCCGUCAUUUGGCUUAAACCCUAUGAUGUCAAUUCUCCGUCCAAAGUUCCAGUCAAACACCAGCAGUACUCCUGUCCCCUGUACUGCUCCGCCGAUCAACGCUGCCACAGCUAUGUUGCCAUGGUAACGGAACUCUCACUCCCUACACUUCUUGAUCCGUCCGUCUGGCACCAAAAUCGUGUUUUCUUGGCAACCAUUAUUUAAUAUGUGACUGAGAUUUUCGAUGAAUUUUGAGUGCAACAUUAAAACUAUGGAAUUUUUUUUUUUAGUUUGUAUCAAAAUACAACUGCAUUAUUUUAUUUAUUUCAUGUUUGUAUUGUAUUUACAUGUAUUAUAUAUGAUACGAGUUUAAAACAUACGAGUAUGAAUGUAAUAUAUUGAUGUGAUAAAUUGACUUGGAAUAAUACCGACAACAGAGUAUAUUAAAGCUGCACACACAAGUUGACUAGUACAGAGUAAUGGUGCAUUUGAUGUACACAACACACAGACUGUGAUAUUUUCUGCCUUCAACAGAUUUCUGUUAACAGAACAGUAUAUUAAACGUUGCCUUCAGAUGUGUAUAUGGUACAUGGAUUGUCGGUUUAUAAACUUAUACAUGCCUUUUGUGACCUGUAUUGUUGUGAAUAUGAUGUGCCAACUUGCUUUUUAAAAAAAACAUCACUGCUGAACAUUUUUUGUUACAUUUGUACAAUGUAUGCGACUAGAAUUUUUUCCCCUAAUAUUUUACAAUUUGUAUGACAACACUGCUGAAAAGAUGGGUUUCUGUUUUCGUUCUAUGCUGUACACUUUAUAUGAUAGAUUGAUUUUAUUUAUGAUACUGCUGAAAUUGGAAUGUUUGAACAUACAUGUACAAUGUCUUUAGUCUCACUGCAAGAUAAGUGGGAUAUUUGUUAUAAUAAAGUGUUAUAAAAUAAA